AUGGAGAACCACACAGAGCUGAACGCUGAGAUUCUAGACACGCUGCUUGGCCAUAAGAACCAGGUCUCGACCAAACUCCAUACCAUCAUCAAGGUCCUCAAACCGGCCCUCAAUCAGGAACACAUCUACUUACCGGAGGACAAAUUGCUUAAAUAUAGUAUACGCAAGGAGACGAUGGAUCUAGAGCAAGGUGGGCGAUUUUUUAAGCCGAUGUCACAAUCGGUUUUUGAGAGUUUGCCUCGACUUGAAGAAUACUAUGAAGAGGAUGAAUGGGAUCCGUCGGACUCUGCUUAUGAUGAAAUACAUGAUGCAACCCAUAUUCAGCGUAAGCUGAAAGGCUUCAUAGGAGGGGAAAUCCCAAAUACUCCAACGGACAAGUGGGGAUGUCACCGGGUACUGGCUGACUAUGCGGAAUGGGAUUUUGCAUUCCUUGAACGCACACUCUAUGGCGGAAAUUGGGGCAGCACGGGACCGGGACACGAACCGACCGACUGGCGUUAUGAAGAAGCUUUCGAUAGACAUGUACGGGGUACUCAUCUCCAACCCCAUGUUAUAUCUCACUCACUCCAUGGUUUAUACCCUGAUGAAGAUGCAAACCUGAAGAUUACCCGUAGUGAAAUACUCCUUGCCGCCGACCUUAUGAGGGAAAGAUUGAAGUGCCCAUUGUAUGUUACCAAUGAUUUAUACCCGAUUCUGAUGGUUUCUUGCUUCAACCGACAAGUUCGUAUGAAUGAAGUAUACUUUGAAAACGGAACCCUUUGCUUCAACUGUACUCCGUUCGUUAACUUCGACACCUUUGAACGAUCCAAACUCGACUUACUUGCUCGUUGGGCUUUGAGCACGCCUAUAGGCGAAACUAGCAAAUACCCAAACAUCAAACCGAUUGCAAAACUCCUAAACCGUUUUUUGAAAGAGAGAAAUCGCAGAAAUAAAUACGUGCCCAAGCGUAUUAAGGAGCUUAGGAGGAGUUGA